UAUGUAUGAUGUAAAAUUUGUAACUGACUCUUAAUUCCGUUAUAGUUAAUUCCAACCACUUCAAGAAGUUGAUUCCCUUGGAACCUUUGAAUGGUGAAAGAUGGCAGACAACGAAGUCAUACAUGCACCUACUUUACAAGAAACGGUGAAAGACCAUGUUCGAGAAAAUUUAUUUCAUUUUGUCAGUGACCUUGCAAAUUUUGCAAGUGAAGCAAAACGUGAUGAAGCCCAAAGACAAUACAAAAUGUUGUUAAGUGUCGAAAGCAACCUGAAGGGCAUAUUAAAGGAUCAGUUCAAACGAUUACCAAACACUCCUGAUGACAAAUUAUUUAACAUGGAGGUGUUUAAAAAGACUGCUGAUGAUACUAUUCUAUCAAGAGCAAUACUAAAUCAGUUAAACAGGAAUCCAGUUGCUUUAAAAGCAGGCUGGGACUAUUAUAUAUUAAAACAAUCAGAAAGAACAUUAGAGGCUUUACAAGGAAAGGCACCAACAGGUCAAGGACGUCAUGAUUUUGGAGUAGAAAGUGCAGAAAUGAACAAGCCUGUGCUACAAGUAAAUCAACAGAAAGGAAAAGUAGAAAAAAUGGAUACAUCAGGACCACAGACAGGUGGUGCUCUUGUCACACAAUCACAAAGACCUAAAAUGGUUCAAAGAAUUCCUGAUCAUAGCAAAAGGCGAGCACAUCAUUACAUUGGAUUUCCUCAUCCAGAUGGUGAAGCUUCAGACGAAGAGGAGGAAGGAGACGAUUCUGAGCAAGUUAUUCCUGCCUUACUAUGGACACACCAUGCAUAUUUUGAUGCGAGGUCAUUAUCACGUGCACAGGCAGAGUACAACUUUUAUCGUUUCCUGGAAAAACAAUGGCGACGAACUUUGAGAAGAAUAAAAAUGGAAGACAUAAAAUAUCCAAGAUUCAACAUAAAUGAAUUUAGGAAUAUUCCAAGAAAUCGACUUUUGUAUGCUGUAAUAUGCACAAUACUAGACCAUUCAACAAAUAAAAAGGUACAGGAAGCUGCUUCUAAAGCAGCAGAAGAUUAUCAGAAAUUCACUGUAUUGGAGCAGAAUAUGCUUCAAAAGAAAUUGAUGUUAACAAUUCCAGGAGGUAUAGACAUAGAGCAAGGGCAGUACAAUGAAAUAAUAAAUGAAAUGAGAUCUAGAUUUAAAAAAACAGCCAGUAAGGCAUUAAGACCAAUAGACAAAUUCAAAAUGCUUCCAUUGUUUGAGUACCUGAAGCUCAAAGAAACCAUCACUAGCCAGAGAAGUCAGAUCGAGGAUCUAGCUAGCAGGUUGAGUGGUAUUGCCAGUCAACAGUUGCCUGAUGUCUGGGACCGUGGAUUAACAGAUCUUGGAGAUAAGAAUAGACCACAGAAACUUGGAGAGAGGUUUGCAGAGUUGUUUGAUGAGACUUGGUCCAGUGCCUAUGAAUCUUUGAAGCCUAAAGAUAUUGACGAUGAUGAGAGUGAUGAAGGAACUAUGGACGUAUUACAGCGAAUUGUUAAGGUUAUUUAUGACUUCUGUCAACAUAUAUCACAGGACCAGAUACAGAGACUUAUUAAAGAAAUGAUACCUCCAGUAGUUGAUCCCACCAGUGAUUAUCCAAAUUCUGAGGGAUAUUAUGCAAGUGAUCAAAUGAGGGCUAAGACAGAACAGAUGGCCAGAGAAUACAGGAAUCUUGUAGCCCCAGCUACUGUCAAAGUGAUGCAAACGGAAAUUUUUGAAAACCAUAUCAAGGAAAAACAUUUGAAAGCUGACCAAAUAAGUAAAGAACUGGUAUCGUUUGUAGAACAAUGUGUUGAUCUUAUCUGGUACAUGUGUAUCCAACAACCUCCUAUGGAAAUGACAUGGGCAGUUAAAGGUGGACAGUUCAACAAAGAACAAUUCAGAUUUUCAGGGAGGAAAGGAAAGAAAUACAGAAUGACUGUUUGGCCUGCUGUAAAUUUACACAAACAUGGACCAGUGGUUUCACAAGGCUAUGCUUUACCCUUAAAGGAGACUUAAAAUGUGUUUUAAUAUGUAGACUUACAUUAAAAUAUCUAGAAUAUAA